AUGUCGUGUUUUUCUGUCCUCCCUCCAGCUCUUCCUCCGAAGCCAGCGAAGCCGCAGCAGCCCUCGUCAGUCGGUGUGGGAGGGGGCAGCAGUAACGGCACCAAGGAUGGAGGAGCAGGAGGCUCACUGCAGGAGGCUGAGUGGUACUGGGGCGACAUAUCCAGGGAGGAGGUGAAUGAUAAGCUCAGAGACAUGCCCGAUGGGACCUUCCUGGUUCGGGACGCUUCCACCAAGAUGCAGGGUGACUACACACUCACACUGAGGAAAGGGGGCAACAACAAGCUGAUAAAGAUCUACCAUCGGGACGGGAAGUAUGGCUUCUCCGACCCCCUGACCUUCAGCUCAGUUGUGGAGCUCAUCAGCCACUACAGACACGAGUCUCUGGCUCAGUACAACACCAAGCUGGACGUCAAACUCAUGUACCCCAUCUCCCGCUUCCAGCAG